UCCUCUUUUUUUUAGUGCUGGUCGAGGACCGAAGGAGAGAGGGACCGUUUAAAAAAAAAAAAAAAAAGGGUAAAGACGGUCAGAAUAAUUGAAAGAAAAGCAGAGAGGCGGUGGAGCCAGAGCUAGUAUUUUUGUACUAUAUAAACCCUUUUUGGUUUAACACUUAUAAUACGGGUAUUUAAUAAGCUAACGCGGUGUAGCUAAGCUAAAUGUAAGCAGCUAGCCAAGGAAAGCGAAGCUAGCGGCUAACCAAAAACGACGAUAUUUCGAUAACGGUAUCUUUCAUUUUUCUUCUUAUUCUUUUUUAACGAAUUGCCCGGUUGUUUUUUUUUCUUGGGGCCUUAUUGUUAUUAUUUUUAUUAUUAUUUUUGGAUCCUGACGGUUAUUCGUGACUGAAAUACCUGACGUGCUUGAAUAAAUCGAGAAAAUAUAAAAGUAAAAUGGCGGAACCGGACAAAUUAAAUAUCGACUCCAUAAUACAGCGUCUCCUGGAAGUUAAGGGCUCGCGGCCUGGCAAGAACGUCCAGCUGACUGAGAACGAGAUCCGCGGCCUCUGCCUCAAAUCCCGGGAAAUCUUCCUCAGCCAGCCCAUCCUGCUGGAGCUGGAGGCACCACUGAAGAUCUGUGGUGAUGUUCACGGUCAGUACUACGACCUGCUCCGGCUCUUCGAGUACGGCGGUUUCCCUCCUGAGAGCAACUACCUGUUCCUGGGCGACUACGUGGACCGAGGGAAGCAGUCUCUGGAGACCAUCUGCCUCCUGCUGGCCUACAAGGUCAAAUACCCCGAGAACUUCUUCCUGCUGAGGGGCAACCACGAGUGCGCCUCCAUCAACCGCAUCUAUGGCUUCUACGACGAGUGUAAGAGACGGUAUAACAUCAAACUGUGGAAGACGUUCACAGACUGCUUCAACUGCUUACCCGUUGCCGCCAUUGUAGACGAGAAGAUCUUCUGUUGCCAUGGAGGUCUCUCUCCAGACCUGCAGUCUAUGGAGCAGGUUCGGCGUGUGAUGCGUCCCACGGACGUGCCGGAUCAGGGCCUGCUGUGUGAUCUGCUGUGGGCCGACCCGGAUAAAGACGUGCUGGGGUGGGGAGAGAACGACCGCGGAGUCUCCUUCACCUUCGGCGCAGACGUGGUGGCCAAAUUCCUGCACAAACACGACAUGGACCUCAUAUGCAGGGCGCAUCAGGUGGUGGAGGACGGUUACGAGUUCUUCGCCAAGAGGCAGUUGGUCACGCUGUUCUCCGCGCCGAACUACUGCGGAGAGUUCGACAACGCCGGGGCCAUGAUGAGUGUGGACGAGACACUCAUGUGCUCCUUCCAGAUCCUGAAACCGGCCGAUAAGAAGCUGUACUCGUACGGAGGAGGAGGUGUGGGCUCAGGGCGUCCGGUCACUCCACCUCGCAACUCAGCCAAGGGGGGGAAAGCCAAGAAAUAGCACUCGCUACGCUGGACCCCCCUUCCUCUCUCUCUCUCUCUCUCUCUCUCUGUCCAUCCACCCUAUACCCUCUCCAACCUUAAAAAAUACCCCUGUCUUUACCUACCUCCCUGCUGCUUCCCUCUCUUUCUCUCUCUCUCGCUCUCUCUAUCUCUCUCUCUCUCUCUCUCUC